AUGGCACCUCCGAGCGGGUCGGCGGCAUACAAGAAGAAAGAUGGCACUUUGACGAUGUCACAGGAUCGCCAGUCGGUCUCUUGGAUUCCGGCCGCUGGUGGUGCAUCGGGAACCAUUUCGCUGCCGGUGGCUCAGAUCACAAGUGCGGAGAGAGAUGGAUAUUUACAACAAACCCCGGCUAGUAACCCCAAAGUCAUGCUCAAAAUUUUCAUCGUCCCCCCCAACGCGCCCGCAGGCUCCCCAGAACAAUACGUUUUCUCGUUUACCGCUGGAGCCAACGCGCGCGCAGAGGCAGACGCUAUCAAGGAUGCCCUAAGUUCCGCGAUUCAGGCAGCCAAAGCUGCCCAGAGUACCCCGGCUCACUCCGCGAGUCCAGGAGAAGGCAUGUCGGCGGCCAUGGCCAUCGCGAAUGCGGUGUCGCCAUCGGGGUCGAGUAAGAACCUAUGGGAUGAUGACAAAAAGCUUACGGGAGAUGUUGAGCUACAACAGGCACUUCUGAAAUCGGACCCGAACCUGCAACGCAUGCUCAAGGAGUCGCUCCAGACAAAGCCUGAUACGUUGACCCCCAAACAGUUCAUGUCCCAGUUCUGGUCUACGCGCGUGCACCUUCUGCGGGCCCAUGCGAUAGAACGAUCCCAGACACGAGGGUCCUAUAACGUGUUGUCAACGUUGAAGCCGCGUGUGGAGGAUAACGUAUCCAAGAUGAAUAUCAGUAAAGAGCAAAUCCAGUUGAUUUUUAACCAGCAUCCCCUCAUUAAGCGCGUGUACGAUGAGAAUGUGCCCAAGUUGAGCGAGCAGCAGUUUUGGUCCCGGUUUUUUCAGAGUCGAUUGUUUAAGAAAAUGCGAGGGGAGCGUAUAUCGGAGACGGAUCCAACCGAUGCUAUUCUGGAUAAGUACCUCAAGACUGACGAGUAUGGAAACAUCCAGCGGGAAGCCCACGUUCCGAAUUUCCUUGACCUGCAAGGAAAUGAAGUGAACAAUAGCCAGCGCCGCGGGAAUCGACCGGAUGCUGACAUGAGGCCCUCCGGGGUGGACAAAGUGCCCAUCAUCCGCACGCUGAAUAACUUGAGUGAGAAAAUUAUGGAGAACGUGGCACCCACGAAUCGCGAACUCCAUGCGCCGAUUGGCAUGGAUGAGGAUACGUACAACGAGUUCCAGCUGCGCGAUCUGCGCGGUGACGAACGGCAGGAUCGGAUCCUCCUCAAUAUCAGGGACCAAAGUCGAUUUUUCUCUGCCCAAGCUAAAUUCGUCGAAGACGAACAGACCCUACUCUUUGCCAAACAAGAUCCAGUGAAGAUCCUGGAUGAUCUGCGCAUCGAGGUCGAACAUAAUCUGCCCGACGACGGGACCGCCCCCUUGGGAAGACUUGUUCAACCGGACGAUGAUGAUGACGAUGACGAGAUGAAACAGAGCCAGCAGGUUGGAUCCCGGAAUAAUCUGCACCGAGCCUCAACUCAGAUUUUUGAUGCCAUUCGGGACCGUCGCGCACAGGCUGAAAUCUCGUCUAAUACAGGCACGUAUGGCCUGUCCUCCAACCUCUACGACCGCCUGACCUUGACGCACGCCACGACGACCGAGUUCCUGCACCAGUUCUGGCAGGCAUUUCUAUCCGGAAAUUCGGAUCGCGCAGGCGAAGUAGCAUCCCUCAUGGAGUCGCUCCAGCGUGCGCAAGAACGUAUCAAUUCAGUGGCUAAGGACGCUGAAUCUGAGCGACAGGUGGAAGUGGAUCGACUGAAACGACACGCGCGCGAGGUACUGGAGGCAACGGGCAAGAAAAUCCGACCCAACCUGGCUGGCGUCCCCGGUGGGCAGCAAGCUGUACAUCGGCUUCUCGAGCCAACGCUGCGGGCGUUGGAAACGGCCCUGACACGAUACCAGGCGGCAUUGGCGGAGGAAAUGAAAGAGGUCUCGUCAGCAUAG